UUAGAGCUUGUGAUAAGAAAUUAUAUUCAAUAGCAGUAAUUUUGCCAGAAAUUGUAAACGAUGGCUCAGAAUCAAAUCUCAUAUUUAAAAAAAACAUAUACCCUCCAUUAUGUAAUAUAACACCUCAACAAUUAUAUAAUGGAAUUGGGCAUUUAUGUAUUAAAUAUGAUCUUGAAUUUAAUGCAUUUGAAAAUGAAUUGAAAGACCUAAACAGUACAAAAACAUAUGAAAAUAUAUUAGUUAGAUUAGAAAAAAUGUCGUCAUCCAUAUCUCAGGCCUUACUCAUAGCAAAACUUUUGAACAAAUUAAAUUAUUCAAAAUAUAGCAAAAUAUAUAGCAAAAUUUAUCCCUCAAUGCAUCGCAUAUCAAUUUUAAGAUUUAAAAGUCAUCCUAUGUACACAGCACUUAAAGAAAUUAAAGAUAACUCAACUUUAAAUGAAGAACAAUUAAGUGUGGUUGACAAAUAUAUUAUCCAAUGUAAAUUGAAUGGAAUGGAAUUAACUGGAAAAUCAGCUGAUUAUUUAAACCAUUGUAUUAUAAAUAUUGAAAAACAGAAAGAUAUAUAUACUUCAAACGUCAAUACGGAAAGAAUAGAUAGCAUGCAAUUAGUUCAAAAUCGAGAAGAAAUACAGGAAAUGCCCGAGGAAUAUCUCAUGAAAUAUGUCCAUAAUAUCGAAAAAAAUCACCUCACCGGCCCUUGGUUUAUCAGUUACCAACCUGAAAAUUACGAAAUCUUUAUAAAAUAUUUGAAUAAUUCUCAGAGAAGACAAGCCUUAUUCACUACUCACUAUAAAAUGGCGGGGAAUCGCAAACACAAUCUUUUGCACAAUGGUAAAACUAUCGAAGAAAUAUUGGACUUGAGGAGAGAGGUGGCCAAACUAUUAUCUUACACGAAUUAUGUCGAAUUAUCACUAUCUAACAAAAUGGCCUUGGAUUCUACCGAAAUUUUGGAUAUGAUUGAAAAGAUAAGAUUAGUCGCCUACCCUAAGGCUUUGAAAGAGAUACAAGAGUUAUCGCUAUUUGCUAACUCCGACCCUUGCAUCUAUAUUGGAGACAAUCGCGACGAACAUAAAAAUGAAAAAUUUCUGGGAAAUAUUUUUUCUAAGAACGAAAAACAAAUCGAGAUUCAGACUUGGGACGUGGCCUAUUGGAGCAGGAAACUUAAACAGCAUAUAUUCCCAUACAACCAUAAAAUUCGUUUCGAGUAUCAUCACGUGAUGUCAAACAUAUUUGAUCUUUGUUAUAGCUUAUUCGGCAUCACCUUUAAAGCAAUCGAGCCCAAUCCGGUGGAGUUAAAUCAUGACUACGAAUGCUAUGAAAUAUUCGAUGAAAAUGACAAGUUGAUAUCUCAUUUGUACAUAAAUCCUAUCAACCAUGCAAACGAAAAGUAUCCCGGAGUUUGGGGAGAUAUGGGACAAAAUAAAAGUGUCAUCAGAGGAGAUUUGCCGUAUGCCUUAUUAUCUCUCGAUAUCCUCUACAACGCGAAUGGCGCUCUUUUAAUGAAUUUCCAACAAUUACGCGAUUUAUUUUAUCAGUUUGGAAAGCUUUUACCUCAUCUCCUAACCUCCGUUACUUGCAGCGAAGUGGCCGGGCUUAAUUACGCGGAAAAGGAUUGCGAAUUGGCCAGCGCCCAUUUUUUCAAAUGUUUCCUUUCUUCCUCUACAUCCAAAACUAAGGAAGAAAAUAAUGAUACCGUUAUCAUGCAUAACCUUAAUGAAGAGAAUGCUGCUGGAGAUAAAAAUGCCAAAGAUUUUCAAGGAACCGAUAGUGAGCCAUUUAUAAAGCGAUUGGUGACUAUGUAUCCGACAGAGGUUGAAGAAAAUGAAAAUGGCGGGAUAUGCGAGAAGCGAAAAAUUUUAAAAGAUUUGAUGGAUGAAAUAAAGUACAUGUCUGCCCUUAGCUUACUCAACGAACUCUUUUACAGUCAUAUCGAUUUAGAAAUCCAUUCCAACAAAGCUUAUCAUCUCGACGCCUUCAGAAAAUUGUGGCCUAAAUACAAUCCUUUCAAAUUAACUCCCAACAUAAAUCCAUUGACAUCUUUUAACCCCAUCUUUGUCGACGAAUGGGCAGCUUGUUAUUAUUCUAAGAUAUGGUCGAUGGUACUAGGCGCCGAUUUACACUCAUAUUUUUUGGAUUCUCGCGGUAACCUUUUACCCGAUAAUAAUUUGAAAAAUGUUGGCAAAAGAUUAUUAAAGGAGUAUCUUAGCGUUGGUUCUGCCAUCAAACAAAGACAGGCAAUAGCGAAUUUUAAGGGCAUAAGCAUUUCAAGAGACAUUAUAAACGUAGAACCCUUUAUCAAAAUUGAAUUUUCCGCGCCAACGCAAUUGGAUACCGUUUGAAAUCAAAUUCUAUUAAUCGUUACUAUUUUUAUUGCCAAAAUUGGAGAGAUUGUUGUAAUUGCAAUAACCGACAUUUCAAUUUUUUUUUUGAAAAUGGUUAAACAAAUAUUUAUAUCAUGAUAGCCUUCGAUCCCUAAGUUACCUCGUAUAAAAUUUUAAAAACAAACCGAAUCAGUGCUUAUCUCUUAUAAAAAAGGGAUUUUUAAAAUAAUUAUAAAUUGGAUACUCAUUUUUAAACAUAUUUUCGCGCUUUUAUUUUGUUUUUAUAUAAACCUCUUCGCAAACCUCAUUAGUUUUAUAAUAAUAAUAUACAUAUUAAAAAUAUUUUUUUUCGUAAAUGUGCAUUUUUCUAUUUUUU